AUGAUAGGAGCACAAAGUAACAGAGCGGGGUUAGGAUCAAAUAGGAAAGUCCAAGAUGCGGAUAUAUUGAAGUCUUUUAUUCGGCAAGACGAGAAUGAUAAAUAUAAGAUCCAUGCAAUGAAUUUAGAAAUGCAGAACGAGUGGUUAGACAUAGGAGAUUUUUGCAUCCCAUUAGCAUUAAAAUGGCGCACUUUAAUUUACGAUUGGUCGCCAGCAUUGCUAAAAUUCUAUCUCAAUGCGUUCCAGAUGACUCUCCCAGAUCAGAGUAAUUUAGUAAGAUGGGGUAAAAGUACCGAAAAAACUUGCUAUAUCUGUGGAAAGGCAGUUGGAACUGCUAAGCAUCUGCUGGUGGGAUGUAGGGUACUCCUGGACAGCGGUCAAUACUCGCGUCGUCACGAUAGGGUUUUAGAAGUCAUACGUGAAGCGGUUAGUCUUUCGGUAGCCAGAGCGCAAAAGGAAAUUACCACAAACGAACGAUCAGUAGGUUUUGUGAGAGAAGGCACUAGGGCUACAAAAUCAAACGUCAAGCCUUACUCCAUCCUUAAAGCGGCGUCGGAUUGGACUAUAAUGAUGGACACGUAUGAAAAACAGUAUAAAAUCCCCGAGGACAUUUGUGCGUCGGCCUCCAGACCGGAUAUAUUUUUGUUUUAG